UCUUAGAUCGGAUUCUUCUAUGUAACGGUAUUCGACGAACUCGGCAGUUUCUUUAAUAUCGGGUAUAGAUACUAACCACAACCCUCUCCGUGGCCUGCAGGGAUUCGGCGUGCUAGUGGAGAGCACCCUCGGCUUUCUGGCUUGAUCGGUUUGAUAGGCAGUCUACCUCCGGUUCAUGACCUUUCGCCACUUGGUCCAUUACCACUUGAUUGGUUGAUUGAAGCUUCGUAGAAACAGCCUGAAAUAAGGACACACAUCUUGGGCCUUCACCUAUCUCUUCCCGAUGUAGCGUAUGAGUUUUCAUACUAGCGCGAGAUUUAAAAUAACAACGCCGAAGCGGAUUCUGGCUAUACGGGCUGUACAGAUGGAUAUACUUAUUUACCCGACUUAUACGAGUCAUUCCUGCCCUUCCUCUCCAUCAUUCCCCUUCUCUGCUUCUCGUAGACGUCGCUCUUCGUACAACGAUAAUACAGUUCUAAUGUCUUCACACUCUACUAGUGGUCAAUAUAAUUACAACCCUAUGGAUGACGACAUGGCAGCCCCACGGGUCCCGCGUAGGACGGCCAUGGCUUGUCAAUUUUGCAGAGGUCGCAAGCUAAAAUGUGAUGGAAGUCGACCUAGUUGUGGUAACUGCAACCGCCGGGGCUAUCCCUGCGUCUAUACCCCUGUCGGUUCGGAACAGCAAAAAUAGCCACAUUGCUAUAUACUUCUCGCAGGAUGCGUUUAUUCGCCUCGUGCAAUUCUCGUUUUCGUGGCUAUAACUUUCUUCGUCGCGGAACGUUCUUCCGGCCGAUUCCGCUUCUUCAAAUCGUACAAUGAAAGAGCAUCCCGAAGGGGAAAGUUAGCAUCUCUUUGACAUGGACUUAUCAGAUAUACAUAGGCUACACCUGAGUAAUGUGCACGCAGCCUCCUGUUUAUAGUAUUUGAUCAAGCAUUUUGUAGAUUUAAAUUUACUUUUGAUUCUGUUUUACCCACUGACCGACUCAGUGGCUCCGUGUUUCCGUCGCCU